CCAGCAACCAUCUCACAACUUGUCAGUCCUUUGACAACCCUGUUAAGUGAACUUGAAUUUAGUUAUUUUGGUGUGCUGUGCGCCGAUAAACUGAAUUGUGGUGAAAUAUCCAUCUCGAAACUUAUCGACUAAAAACCAAUUGAAUAAUGGGAAACAACGUAUCGCAGGGAGUCUCUGCUCCAAGUGUUUCGGCUGCCCAGCCGGUGACCACUGCAUCCUCAACUGGAGCAGCCGGUGAGAAGCCCAAGUGCAAGGCCUGUUGUGCUUGCCCUGAGACCAAGAGGGCACGUGACGCUUGCAUUGUGGAGAACGGCGAGGAGAACUGCUCGGCGUUGAUCGAGGCGCAUAAGAAGUGCAUGCGCGAUGCCGGCUUCAAUAUCUAAACAGCAUGGAAUGAUAGGACUAGGCUUAUAGGAAACUUCUAGUCCUCCAGACCCCCAGUGCCACUCCCCGGAUACCCAAAAUCAUCCACUGUUUGUUUUUGUUGCAUCUCAAGCUAAUUAUAGAACUAAAUUAACUGAAA